AUGAUCAAGAAGGUGCGCAAACUGCUCGACACACCAAAGGCGCGGCGCGUUCUGGACAUGGCGGCGAAAAUCGACUUGUUGUAUGGUGAAUACGACGAGGCGGCCGAGCACACAAGCGCAGAGCUUCGACAGACAGACGAUGUCGUCAGUUACGCCCUGCGAAACGUUUUACGUGACAUUCAGGCUGAAGCCAUCACCGUCAGCCGGCGUCAGCUUGACCCUCUAGUAUUUAGCCUCCAGUAG